AUGCCCCCGCCAUCAGAAUGGAUGUCAGCUGAACACCCGAGUCUGAAGUUGUGCCUUGCAGCAAUCGGUCAGCUUGCCAGUCCUUUGCAAUCUUUGUGGGUUGGGGCAUGUGUCAUGAAACAGAUCCAUCACAUGACCAAUCAAGUUGCUGUGAAUCCACAACAAUUGUUGCAGGAAUUCAAACAUGGACUUUUUGCUUUUGCGCGUGAGAUGUUUCCAAACGUUGCUAAGGUUGCUCCUGCGGAACAGUUUGUUCGUUUGCAGUACCCUGAUGGCACUGAGGUGAAAGCACUGGUUCAGGCUCAUUCCACCUUGGAAGAUCUCUGCCGAGCUGAGGCCAGUUUGACACUGCAGGACAUGAAGGGAACAUGGAUUGAUGGACUUACCGGCAAUCCACUCGCGGUCUCUGACUGUGUUGCGGGUCGUACACUCACUGUUGGUCUGCCCAAUGUCAGUCCUGCCAGGUCUAGUGCUGAUGUCAUGGAUCUUGAUCCCCCUGCUUCCCCUGCGAGUGCUGCCAACCCCUUGGUGCCUUCUGGACUUGUCCCUGCUGAGGAAACCAUGCACGUACCAGUUGACACUCGCCCUGCUGAGGUUAUCCCUGACAUGCUCUCUGGACUUUUGACUCUCUCAGGUCUGCAGCUGGCGUCACUGAUUCCACCGUUGGUUUCUGAGUUGCAGACUGGUGUCAUGUUGCGUUCGACUGGGGCCCGUCUCAGCUCCCGCUUGACCAUCCUUCGCAAUGAAGGUCCAGCCAUGGGUGAUGAUGAACUUUCCCUGCAUGUGACAUCACUGAUUCGCAUGUCUGGUCGCUCUGAUGUCGGUUUUCUUGACCCUUUGCUGGCCACUGGUUGGCUUCAGACAGGUACACCGGAGAAGGUGCAAACUUGGUUGGCCCAACACCCUGGAGUCACCACUAUCGUGUCAGUUGUCUUUUCCGAUGGGCACUGGAUUCCGGUCAUGUGGGCGGAUGGCUUGACAGAUGUACAUGUUUCCAUUUGGGAAUUUCAGGACACCUCUGUGGACUUUCUGUGUCCUCUUCAUGGAGUUAUCAGCCAAGCAUGGGGCAAGCCGAUGUUCUCAGUUGCUUGUUCACGUCGUGUCUUUGCCAAAGCCUACUGCGGAAGUGCUGCUGUUGCCUUCUUUGCACACCACCUGCUCAACAGAGACUUGCCUGCCUCUGAAGAUGAUGUCCGUGACUUGCACCUUGAUCUGAAGAUGAGUUUUGAAGCUGCUUUGCAAGCUGCGGAUUUCAUCCAGAAACCAUGGUGUUGGGGUUUGGGUCAGCCUGAUGUCCAUGUUUUGGUUGGUGCUCUGCUUCAGACGCAUGGUGUUCCAUCUGCACAGGUUGCACUCCGUGCCAAACUGGUCUUGCAGUCCCUUGGUAAGUCUGAAGUUUUGAAAGCGGUGUCAGGAAGCUCGCCAUGGAAGUCACUCAAAGCAUUGGCCAACUUGCAUUCGCCACCGAUCCGGCUGGUUUUACCAGAUGAGCUUUUGCAGCAGUCGACAGCCAAGCAAGGGGCCAAAUCCAAAAAGCCUGCCUCUGAUGCCAAGAGGUUACAGCCCACCAAGCCGGCUGAUUUAGACCCAGCAAAACUGCUCAUUGAGCCAGGUUCCUUUUGCCUUGCCGAUGACACGCCUGUGGCGCAGAUCCAGUUCUCUGCACUUGGUCCGUUGACAAGUGGAAUUGCCCUGGCCAGCUUUCAGGAAGCUCAACCCUUUCUGCAGUCUGGACAACGAGUAACAAACCUUGGACUUGCUCUUUUGAUCCUGAAUCCCCCUAUGGACUUUCAUACGGGAUUGCAAUGGGCCACCAUCCGUUUUGCUGCCAGAUGUAGUGCCAACCACGAGCCGAUGUUGCUGACUGGAGUCUUGGUUCAGUUGGGAGGAGCACUUGUGACACAGUUCCGAGCCAAAGAUACUCCUGCCAUUUUGGCAGUUGAUGUUGCAUGCGCCCGCAUCACCGUGUUCAAAGAUCAAUGGGAAGGGUCCUGGGAGGAUUUUGCAGCCAAGCCUGUGAAGCAUAUCCUGCAGAAGCUGCCAGCCUUGCACACCUGCCGUGCGGGCCAAGAUUGUUCCUGUAGCAGUUGGCACCCGACUGAAGCUCAGCCUCACGAUGCCUUGCUUGAUGUCUUCCGACGCCAAUUUGUCACUGAGGCAGGUAGACCAGUCAAGUGGGAUCAAGCCCAUAUGUUCGGAGUCAUGGUCCGGUUUGACAAGUCGCUUGAAAUGCAGGUCCUUGGACUUAGUGGCCAACAUGGUAUCUACAUUGAGCCCAAAACUGAGGAUGCCCAGAAGCCCAGUAGUGACUAUCAAGUGGUCUGGCUGCCGCAGUUGGACUUCCAAGCAGCCAGCCACAAAGCCAAGUGUGAAGUUCAUUGCAUCGGCCUUGCCCGAACUGGCCGCCGUUAUGGUCUCCGGGUCCAUGUCAAGCAUUUCCAGUCUGCUUUUGUGAGUGCCAAGCCUGAAGCCGUCUUCUUAGCACCUGGCAGCCGCCGCACCUUCACUUGCGGCCCAUGGCCAUAUGGAAGUGAUCGCAAGAACAUAGCUAAGGUGCUUCGUGAUGGAGGCUGGGAGUGUCGUCCUUUGCAGCCAGCACAGCACGUGCCUGGUGGUCUCAUGUGGUCCAUACAAGCCGUCCUGGAUCCACCAUCCUCGGUGUUGUCCAUGCAGCAUGGGCAAGUGGUUAUCUCUUGUGCAGAUGCCAAACCGGACAUGCCUGAUCCCUCCUUGCAGAUCGUCGGCCAACCGCAGACGGUCAAGAUGUGCCUCGCCUCAGAUACUGCUGGAGUUGAUCCCUGGCUCACCACUGAUCCGUGGUCAAAGGCAGUUCAUGCCAUGCCUGUUGCUCCUGCAGCUCAACCGGCCGCCAAUGUGAUCCAUGAGAUGGAACAGCGCAUUGAACAGACCAUCUUGGCCAAGCUUCCUUCGAACCCAGAGCGUAUGGAAGUGGAUAGUCAGGAGCACAGGAUACAGGACCUGGAGCAGCAGAUGCAGUUGCUUGCCGGCCGUCAGACCACCUUGGAGUGCACUGUCAAAGAUAACCAUGCCCAAAGCGCUGCACAGGUACAGUCCUUGCAACAACAGAUGCUUGUCCAAAUGGACAUGCAAUCCAAGCAGAUGCAGAGCAUGUUGUCGGAGCAAAUGACGAGGGCGUUCCCUGGGUCUUGCCGACCCAUCCGGGCAAUUUUUCCUCUUCGGCAGGGCAAAUUCCAUGAGGUUCAACCCACCUUCUUUGGAUUUUCUGCUCUUCAUGCCAAGCAGUUCCGACAGUUGCGUCGGCUUCAAAACUACUGCCGAUGGGUUGACAACAAGAAACAUGGCACCAAUGACCCUGUUCAUGGAUUUGGACUUUGGACUUCUAUCUUGAAGGCUUCUGGUUUUUCCCCGUCCUUCCCUGAGUGGUGGCAUGCGCGCUUGUUUGUCAGCCCCUUGGAUCCUGUGAACGUCCCGCUGUGGUGUCCCCCGUCUGACGUGGCUCAUCAAAUCUAUGAAGCAGUUCUUGCUGAAGUCAGGUUGUUUGAGAGUCGCCUCAACCUUGCCAAAGCUGCCCACCGACGUACCCAGCAUGAGCAGGAUUGCACUUUGGUCUUUCGUGAAGUUGCCAAAACCCCUGCUGCCCCUGUUGAAACACUGAUCCACUCGACUUCAGCCCUUGUUGCUUCGGUGGAUGUUGAUGAGUGUGCAGUUGUCCUUGAUAAACCCAUGGACUUCCACAAGGAUCAUCCUGUUUGGAUUGCUGGCCAGUUGUGCUCCGUCAUUCAUGCAGACCAUGAUAAGCUGUGGGUUGAGGAUGUUGCUCAAAUCUCAGAAGGUUCCACAGUGGUCCAGCGUCAGCAGAUUGGUGACUUGCAGACAAUUUUUGAUGCCUUUCACUGUCAGUGGAAACAACGUUGGUGUCGGCAUGAUGAUGUCCCCUUCACCCACUGGACUGAGUUGAUUGGAUUUGCCCGUCGUGUCUUGCACCCUGUGCAUACCCCUCACUUGCGGAUUGACCCCACAAUGUUCCUUGCCGAAUGCCAACGGAAGAAAAAGCGCUCAGCUACUGGGCUUGAUGGAGUCAGCAGAGAUGAUCUUCUUGCUGCUGAUGGGUCCACCCUUGCCAGUCUUACCCAUGUUUUCAGUCGUGCGGAGUCUGACGGUGAGUGGCCCAGACAGCUUUUAGCAGGCAAAGUCCACUCGCUGGCCAAGGUGGAGGGAGCUUCUUCCGUCGGGGAGUUCAGACCUAUAACAAUCUUUGGUUUGACUUAUCGGGUGUGGUCCAGCAUCCAAUCCCGAUACCUGCUGAAACAGGCUGAACAUUGGGUUGAUGAUGGAGUUUUCGGCAACAGACAGGGCAGGCAAGCUGCUGACCUGUGGCACCACCUCAUGCUGCAGAUAGAGCAAGCAUAUGCCUCCAACUCUCCCUUGUGUGGGGUGUCAGCAGACAUUGAGAAAUGUUUCAACUGCAUCCCCAGGUUCCCUGCGUUGUGCAUGGCAGUGCUGGUUGGAGUCCCUCAUGAGGUCACCACUGCUUGGGCUGGUGCUCUGUCUUUGAUGUGCCGCCACUUCAAGGUCCGUGACUCCUACUCCCAAGGCUUCCAUACCUCUACUGGAUUGGCUGAGGGUUGUGGGCUUAGCGUUUUUGGUAUGAUGUUGGUGGACCAUGUCUUUGCUUGUUGGAUGCGUGCUCAGUCCCCGUCCAUUCGAGUCCUUUCGUAUGUUGAUGACUGGCAGACUUUGACUUGGGAUCCCAACUUUGCCAUUCGUCAAUUGGAUUUGCUUGAACAGUUUGCCUCCCAACUUGAUCUCACAGUUGAUCGGAAGAAAACGUUUGGCUGGGCAACUACUGCAUCUGUGCGGCAGGACAUGCGUGCUGGUGGUCUUGGUGUUCUCCACCAUGCCCGUGAACUGGGAGGACAUCUUGGUAUCUCCAAGCAACAUACCAAUCACACGCUGACCCAGCGCAUGGCUUCGUUGGACGAUUUCUGGCCUAAGCUGACUGCCAGUAAAGCCAGGUAUGCUGCCAAGCUUUACAUGUUGAGGUCGGUGGCGUGGCCCCGUGGCUUGCAUGCUGUUUCCAGUGCUCCUGUUGGUGAUAAUGUUUGGCUUGACCUCCGCCGGAAAGCAGUUAAGUCCAUUGGUCUCCAGCGCCCUGGCGUCAAUCCUCUCUUGCUGCUUGGCUUGGUUGAACCCUUGGUUGACCCCCAGUUGCUUGCUUUGGUUUGGACUUGUCGGUCGGUCCGUCAGCAGUGCCCUGAGGAGUUCUGGAGUUCUCAGGUUGCACCUUUGGCUAGUGGGGACCUGGACUUACCUCCCAACUCCUUAGCUUCCAUCGUGCUGGGGCGCCUUCAGCAGGUGGGAAUGUGUCUGGAUAGUCGAGGCAGGGUUGUUGAUCAGUUUGGGCCCUUUGACUUGCACCGGGCCAACUAUGCUGAGGUCGAAGCCCGCUUACAAUGGGCCUGGAAUCAUUUUGUCGCUGCCAAGGUUGCCCACCGUCAUGAGUUCCAGGGUUUGUGGCAGGUUGAUGUUGCAGCCACACGCAGAGCGCUCUCUGCUCUGACUGUUGAUGACCAGGCCCUUUACCGCACGAGCUUGGCCGGCUCCCUGUUCACAGAGAGCUACAAGUCCAAAUGGUCUGAUCAGACCGACGAGUGCCCUUGGUGUGGUCAGCCUGACCAUCUCCGUCAUAGGUACUGGGAGUGCAUCCAACACCAGGACCUCCGUGAGGAGCUUGCACCUGACGUGCUGACUUGUUUGGAAUCGAUCCCUCCGGCGUUGUCGUUGCGUGGUUGGGCCCUUCUUCCCCCUACUUGGGAUGCUUGGAUGCGCUUGUUGGGGAGUUUGCCUGCGGAUGUCCCGUCGCCCACUUGUGGACUUUUGCCGGGCACUUGGAAUCAUGUGUUUACCGAUGGCUCUUGUUUCCAUUCCUCUCAACCUCUGUACCGUCUUGCUGCUUGGUCUGUGGUCACUGCCCCUGUGUGUGAUGCGUUGUGGAGUCCAGGUCAGGCUUCUGUCAUGUGUGCAUCCUACCUUCCAGGACUAUGUCAGACGGCAUUCAGGGCGGAACUUUUUGCAGUUGCAUUUGUUUUACAUUGGGCUGCAGUUUUUCAGGCCCCGGUGCAAAUCUGGACAGACUGUCAAGGUGUGAUACUUCGGUUUUACAACUACAUAUGGGGUAACCGCAAAAUCAAUCACAACCGGUCCAACUCAGAUUUGUGGUGGUGGAUCUCGGACUCCGUUGCUACGUUGGGGCGGGACAAAGUGCGUUUUCACAAAGUGGCUGCCCACAAACAUGUCAGUUUGGCUCAGUCGCGUGAGGAAGCAUGGCAGUUUUUCCACAAUGACUAUGCUGACAGGGCAGCUCGCUUGGCGAACCAGACAAGACUACCGGAGUUCUGGUCGCAAUGGGAAGCUCAUGUCGCAGCAGUACAAGCAACCGAAACCCUUUACAAACAAGUUUUGGCAGUUCAUUUGGCAGUGGGUCGACGACAGGUUCGUAGUGUCCAGGUACCUGCACCGGUCGCUUCAGGGCCCAAAUCAGUGCGUGAGUUUCCUGUUGGGUUCGUGCUUGGUAACUGGGAUGGGAGUUUUCCUCCCGGUGUCGCACGUCAAUUUGGCACAGCCCAUGCGCGUCGUGCUGCUCAUUGGCUUCAGACGCGUUUUGUUGCAGCAGAUGAGUCUUCGAUUCAGUGGAUUUCGUUUGUACAAUUGUACAUUGAUUUUCAGUUGUCAUGGGGCAAUCCUGGCCCGUUGGUGUCUGGAAUCCAGGUGGAGUUACAACAAUGCAAACCCAAAUCUGAUGUGGUCAUGGCUUUUUUGCCGUCAGCCUCCGUGCCGUGGGAUUCUCGCUCCCUGCAGCAGGUGGAUCAUUGGAUCAUGAAGCACUUGGAUGGUCCUUGUUCCCGUGGAGCUGACAUCCUUCAGAAGUUGCCGUUGGCGACCAAAGACGGUUGCAUUGGUUUGGACCUCCCAUAG